UAAUGUUGUCUCCUCAGGCAGCCACAGCCACGUCUUCUGCCGAAGCUGAAAACGGUGAUCCUGUUAAAAGCUCUACUUCGGAAAAUGAGCAUGAGGAUUUUUUCGACUCAACAUUGUUUCGCUGGAUUUCGGUAUUUUUAUAUUUGGGUGGCAUAAGCAGUCUGGGCUUUGUUCUCAGCCUCUACUAUCUGUUGUUCUUCGAUUCUAGCAUUCCGGAAAUUCAUCUGCGUUUUCCAAUAUCCAUCAAUGGCGUGCCAUUACAAAAACUGCAAGAAAUUACCGACUGAAGGAGUGAAAUGAUGGUUUGGUCUAAUGAAGUGUGAACCAAUAGCUUCCCUUAUUACUUAGCCCUCCAUUACUUUUCUCUCCAUAUCCGGUGACCAUUAACUUUCGUUGAGCACUUAA